AGCCCUAAAGCUCUUCUUUGUAGUAAAUCUAUUAAAAUGUAUAAAAGUAACAGUGUAGAAGCCAGGCUUUGCAAAGAUUCGUUUGAGGCCUUAUGCCAGUCACCGCGCGGUAUAGGCGAGGCCUCCUUUAAGUAUUUUGCAUAGGAUCGCGACUAGGCAGCAAAACCAUAUACUGUCACCAAAAUGGGAAAGACUACUGGAAGUUUCACAAACGGCCGCGGCCAGAAGCUUUACACCGUUGAAUGGACGCCCGAAGAAGGCGAGGUGAAGGCUGUGAUGUUCUGGCAUCACGGUUUUGGAGAGUACAUGGACCGCUUUGACGCCAGCGCGGAGGUUUGGUCCUCUGCCGGCAUCGCGGUGUACGGCUACGACGCUGCCGGCAUGGGUCGCAGCGAGCCGCUGCAGAAGGCGGCUCGGGGUCUGGUGGCGCGCUUCGAGCACCUGGUGGCGGACGCGGAGGAGUUCCUGAGCAAGGUGCUCCGCCCCUCGCUUGCGUCCAAGGGCCUGGCGGCCGUGCCCCUGUUCCUGGCGGGCAACUCGCUGGGGGGCCUGGUGGCGUCCUACGUGGCCGCUCGGCAGGGGGAGCAGGUGGCGGGCCUGGUCAUGCAGUCGCCAGCCAUCGAUGUGGAGUGGACCCCGGUGCUGCGCUUCCAAGCCAUGCUGGGCAACCUGUUGGCCGCACUGCUCCCCCGCGCCAAGCUGGUCCCCGCGGUGCGGCCCGAGGACAUGAGCCAAGACCCACGGGUCGUUGCGGAGUACCUGGCCGACCCGCUCAUCUACCAGGGCAACGUGAAGGCGCUGACGGGGAAUGAGAUACUCAAGGGAUUCCGCGGUCUGGUCGCGUUGCGACCGGCGCUGCGACUUCCCAUCUUUGCGGUCCACGGCACCUCGGACCGCUGCACCAGCCUGCCGGCUCUCCGCACCCACCUGGCCGCACUCCCCAGCCCCGACGUGACCCUGCGGGAGGUGGCCGGGGGCUACCAUGAGCUGCUGCAUGGGCCGGAAAAGGAGCAGGUGCGGGGGGACAUCCGGGACUGGGUGCUGCAGCGGGCGGGGAAGAAGGAGGAGGCGGAGAAGCAGGCGGAGAAGGGGGCAGCGGAGGCGGAGGGAGCAGGGGAGGUGGCGAGUGAGGGGGUGGCUGUGGCGGUGUGAGGGAGUGGUUUAUUGUGGUGGCGUGAGGCGUACCGAUAUGUGCUUGCGAUUCCGGCUGUACUGGGGAGGCGUGCCGGGUAGGUAAUCGUACUGUGCUUUGGAGAAGGCCUGGAUCGAGGACUGCGGAACGGAUUGGUAAGGUUCUUGUGCUUUAGUUAUGGUCGCAUGGUGGUAAAACUUGGCGAACCUGGCGGUGAUCUGUACUCUAGGCUUACGGGAGAUGUGUGUGCCGUACAUAUUGGUGGUAUCAUCGUAGCUCGAGAGUGCCGUACCGGGCGCCACGGUCUUCUUCCUAACAUCGUAAUUCCAGGAUAUUCACCCGUGUGUUUACCGUACCGUAGCGGCAGCGUGUAGGGCAGCAUGGAGCAAAACACACGCCAUGCUGGUCCUGCGGUGUUUGAAGAGGCGGGGCAGGCCAUUCUGCAGGAGCUAGCCAGUCCCGGCGCCCCUCUUGCAUGUGUGCUCUGUGAUUUGCAAUUGCUUUGCAAGGUAUGCGCUUACGCGCCCCCGCGAGCACAGCUGCUGUAUGUAUGCUGUCCCCUGCACCCGGUGUAUGUCGAUGUGAUGCCUUGUGUGCCGUACGCGGGGAGCCGUGAGAGCCCCUCCGUGUGAGCUCAUCCGCGUGUGCUGACUGUGAUAUGCUGAGAUCGCGAAACUGGGACCUGCGUGUUUAGCUUCUCGAGGGAGGGGUGGUGGAGUUGGCGCUGCGGGUGGUAAUGUUCGCAUGCAGGCCAUGCGCGUGCUUUUGAUACAAGUAUAGGUAUGCAAGUCGGUGCGAUAUAGGUGGUGUUCCCCUGGGUCCUCCAUUGCCUUGCUCGUUGCCUUUGUCAGCUUUGUCAGACCACGCGUGUCUUUGCCAUGUGUGGUAGGCCAUUGUGUGUGGUGUUCACCGUUCAGCUAAGGGAAGGUAACAGGGCAGCCUGUAGGCACCGUGUGCUCGUUUCGAGACCAGGAGCCUCGAGUGCUGGGCCUAGACAAUUGACAGCUGUAUAACCAAAGCUAACACCCUAACUGCCGUGUAAAGUCGAAACCUUUU